AUGUUCUUCCCCCCGGGCGUGCACGGGUUCGGCGGCGGCGGACGCGGCGGCGGCGGCGGCGGCGGCGGCGGCUCGACCGUCGGCUGCGAGCGUAUCCUCGCCGCGGUUCGCGCGCAGGUGGAGUACUACUUCAGCGUCGAGAACUUGUGCAAGGACGUCUUCUUGCGCGAGCGCAUGGACGACGAGGGGUACAUCCCGAUGCCGUUCAUCGCCAACUUCAACCGGAUACGCAUGAUGACCCCGGAGCCGUCGGUUGUGCUCGAAGCCAUCUCCGGGAGCGCCGCGGUGGAGGUGACGGGUUCAGGU